GCGCCGGAACUCAGCCGAGCGUUUAUGAGCUGGUGGGCACGCGUUUGCGGUAGGUGAAGAGGGUCAAGGUGCCCAGCGUUUUAGAUCCUCGGCCCCAGGCCCAUCCCAGGAUACCACGGAGGAACCUCGGGGUCUGACUUCUCCCCUCCAGCCAGUUUGUGAGCCCAGAAUGUCUGAGCCCCGGGUCUGAACGCCAGGAUUCCCUGCGCUGUACUGGACUUCUAAGGAGGAGGGGGAAAGGACCCGGGCCCGGGUGCGAGGAAAGUUUUGGUUUGGCUCAGAUUCCAAAUGAAAAUGUUUGAGAGCAUUGACUCUACAGCCACAAGAUCUGGCCCUGAUCUUUGGGCUGAAAUCUGUUCCUGUCUACCAAAUCCUGACCAAGAAGAUGGUGCCAGCAAUGCUUUCUCAGACUCCUUUAUGGAUUCUUACCCUGCGGGCACAGGCCAAAGGGACGCCCCAGAGUCUGCUGUUCAGCCGGCUACAAAGCCUUGGGCUCCCUUGCAGGAUUCAGAAGUGUAUUUAGCAACUCUAGAGAAGAAGCUGAAAAGAAUCAAAGGUUUAAAUCAGGAAGUGACUUCCAAGGACAUGCUUCGAACCUUGGCCCAAGCCAAGAAGGAAUGCUGGGAUCGGUUCCUGCAGGAGAAGUUAGCAUCAGAAUUCUUUGUGGAUGGACUUGAUUCUGAUGAGAGCACCUUGGAACAUUUCAAGAGGUGGCUCCAGCCAGAUAAAGUAGCCAUCAGUACAGAGGAGGUCCAGUAUCUGAUUCCUCCGGAGUCCCAGGUUGAGAAGCCAGCGGCUGGGGACAAGCCAGCAGCAGCGGAACAAUAAAUUACACACACACACACUGAGCAGCUGUCUUGGGUCCAGAGGGAACAGCAGAGAGCUCCGUGGAGCAGCAAGGAGAAAUCUAGGGAGGGGGGAAGCCCACCCUCCCACUCAACAAAGCAAACAGCUGUGGGCCCCCAAGGACUUGGGGCUGGCGUGUGUGACUGUCGGAUAAAGUGACCGCCCCAGUGCAUGCUGGAUCAACAUACUGCUUUCCUCUGGGUCUCACAGCUUGCCUGAGCUCUGUCGAUGCAGGUGAGAAGUCCGCUAAGACUUUAGCGAAGCAGCAAGUAUGAAAGUAUUUGGAGAAACCAAUACCCUUGGGUUUAAUAUAUAAGCUAAGUAAGCCAUAUUUUUUCUUCCCUCUUCUGGAUGUUCCUGCCUGCAUUCUGAGCAUUCCCUUGGUUAACUGUCAGGGGUGAGUGGGGCCAAGGAGAAUCAAGUCUGCCUCCUUGGGAACCACAGCCCACAUGGGGCUUCUCGAAGUUUGUAAUAAAUACAGGGACUUGAGGAAAAGAGGCUGCGCUUUUCACUUUU